GAGCAAAGAGAGACUAAAUGACCUGAUUUUGUGAUCCAAAAUAAGCUGUCUCAAUGGUCUUCGUACCUUCUUACAGCAUUUCUCACAUAAUAUCUUGUAGUUCUUUGUGUGCGUACUAGUCUUGUCUUCCCCAAUUAGGAAGUUUUGUUUCUCUUUCCAGCUACCCCUGGAGGGUAAGCCUGAGUAAGUCACGCUGAGGUCAAGUUAAACGCUUUAGAACAAAGGGAGUAGCAAAGGGGGAGUUCUUCCAAAGAGCUGAAGAUUGCCUCUAGUUAUGUUCUUAAGUUUCUCUCCUCCCUGUUUUCUGAUCUCGUGGAGGUACAUCUGUAAAUAUCACGAGACGCUGCGAUUUCUCCAAAACCUUUUCUCUUGAAACCUCUCUCUCUUCGAGCUCCUCCGACUCUCCCCUCGGAUUAGGAUCGGCUCUAUGGUAGGGAGAGUUCAGCCUUUCUAGCUCUCUAGUCCUCCAAAUGGCCCUAUCUAUGGUUUCCAAAUGCGUCACCGGAAGUUCCUGUAUGGGUUGGGUUUGAGACGCCGGAAGUUGCGCCUUCUUUACUCGCCGUUUCAAAAUGUUCCCGAGGCCUUAGGCUCUGUGACUGACACCCUUUCCCGGAGCUCGGCAGAGGAGUGACUCAUGGAGUGGCCGUAAGUUUUAUCAACAGACUGCAAUUUCUUCACUGCCAAAAUGACAUCACUUUCCACCUCUGCCCAGUGUGCAGCAUCUGAUAGUGCUUGCAGGAUCUCUGCAGAACACAUCACUCAGGUACGACCAAAACUGCCACUUUUGAAGAUUUUGCAUGCAGCCGGUGCACAGGGUGAAAUGUUCACUGUUAAAGAGGUCAUGCAGUAUCUAGGCCAGUACAUCAUGAUGAAGCAGCUUUAUGAUCAGCAGGAGCAGCAUAUGGUUUAUUGUGGUGGAGAUCUUUUGGGAGAACUACUGGGACGUCAGAGCUUCUCCGUGAAAGAGCCAAGCCCUCUCUAUGAUAUGCUAAGAAAGAAUCUUGUCACUUUAGCCACUCCUGCUACAGAUGCUGCUCAGACUCUCGCUCUCGCACAGGAUCACAGUAUGGAUAUUCCAAGCCAAGACCAACUGAAGCAAAGUGAAGAGGAAAGUUUGAACUCCAGGAAAAGAACCGAAGAAGGCAAUGUUCCCUUGCUGCCUACCUCACAGAAUAACUGCAAAAAUUCAAGACAAGAUGAAGACUUGAUAGAAAAUUUAACCCCAAAUAAGAAAUCUGGGCUGGACCUCGGGUUUGAGGAGUGGGAUGUAGCUGGCCUGCCUUGGUGGUUUUUAGGAAACUUGAGAAGCAACUAUACACCUAGAAGUAAUGGCUCAACUGAUUUACAGACAAAUCAGGAUAUAGGUACUGCCCUUGUUUCAGACACUACAGAUGACUUGUGGUUUUUGAAUGAUUCAGUAUCAGAGCAGUUAGGUGUUGGAAUAAAAGCUGAAGCUGCUGAUACUGAACAAACAAGUGAAGAAGUAGGGAAAGUGAAUGAUAAGAAGGUGAUUGAAGUGGAAAAAAAUGAUGACUUUGAGGACUCUAAGUCCUUAAGCGAUGAUACUGAUACAGAAGUUACCUGUGAGGAUGAGUGGCAAUGUACUGAGUGCAAGAAAUUUAACUCUCCAAGCAAGAGGUACUGUUUCCGUUGCUGGGCCUUGAGGAAGGAUUGGUAUUCAGAUUGUUCAAAGUUAACCCAUUCUCUGUCCACCUCUGAUAUCACUGCCAUACCUGAAAAGAAGGAAAAUGAAGGAAUUGAUGUCCCUGAUUGCCGAAGAACCGUUUCAGCUCCAGUCGUCAGACCUAAAGAUGGAUGCAUAAAGGAAGGAGACUCCAAACCUCUUGAUCCUUGUAGCUCCGUGGAGUUCUUGGAUUUGGCUCACAGCACUGAAAGCCAAGAGACCAUCUCAAGCAUGGGAGAACAGCCAGAUCACCUUUAUGAACCGAGAGCAGGUGCAGAAAACAUGGAGGAGUGCCAGACUCUCUUGAAGCCAUGUAGCUUAUGUGAGAAAAGGCCACGAGAUGGGAACAUAAUUCAUGGGAGGACAGGUCAUCUUGCCACGUGCUUUCACUGUGCCAGAAGAUUAAAGAAGGCUGGGGCUUCUUGCCCUAUUUGCAAGAAAGAGAUUCAGCUGGUUAUUAAGGUUUUUAUAGCAUAGCUGAAUCAGUGAGUUCCUAAUAGGGUCAAGUCAGGAGUCAGAACAUCAGUAUCGAGUGUCUCUACUCAGUUUGACCCAUUGCAUCUGUUCAUUUAUUCAUGUAAACAUCUGUGUUCUGGGGCGGUUUUGCUUCUUAAACUCAUAUGGAGUUUGAGAGCGAGUUCCUUAAAUUAGAUGAUCAAUUUGGAGACUCCAUUAACAUGAAAAGAUACAUUAAUCACCUCUCCCUCCAAAGAUGAGUAUCUGGGAGGGAGCAAUUACCAGUAAAAUGUAAGAAUACAUUCAUUUAUUUGAAAAUUAAUCCUUCCUUUAGUUAAUUUUAUUCCCUGCCUUCCUAUUCUUUUCUGUUAGGAAAUAUUCUUAGGCUCAAAAUCCAUGGCAGCUAUUAGAAAAAUAUUUAAGGUAACAGUGAGAGAACGGUAAAUAAUUUGGUUGGUCAGUUUAUGUAGGGCUGUGGAUUUCUUUGGAGCCCUGGUGUCACAGUGGUUAAGACCUGUGGCUGCUAACCAAAAGGUUGGCAGUUCAAAUCCACCGGUGACUCCUUGGGAACCCUAUGGGGCAGUUCUGCUUUGCCUAGAGGGCUGUUAUGAGUCGGGAUUGACUCCAAAGCACCGGGUUUGGUGGGUUUUGGUUUUUUAUGGAUCAUUUUAUGUUGCAGUCAAGCUACAUGGUUCUGAGAAACCAAAAUGAAAAGUCUUGGGGAAAAAAGAAAUUUCUUUCACAUAUGCUUUGAACAGUGGUUAUCAAGCAUUUUUGCUAACAUAUUCCUAAAAGAAUUUUGAAAAAGUAUAUACCAGUUUACACAUUAAAAAAAUUAAGGUAUAGUUAACAUACACUAAAAUGUUCCCUUUCGAUGAGUUGUAGACAUAGGAGUAAAUACCAACCAAAAUAAGUUAUGGGAGGUUUCUAUCACCCUGGAAUCUUCCCUUGUCCACCUUUCCAGGCAGUCCCUCAGCCAUUCCUGAUUCUCACCCUGAAUUGGUUUUCCUUUUGCUCAUCUAUAAUUUCACAUCUAAGUUUUAAAUAUAAAUGUUAAGUACUUAAAAAGGAUAUACUAUUCAACAUAUGUGCUUUAAAGAUAUUUUUAUCAAAGCCUUGGGAACUGUAGAUCUGGCUGGUUAAAUUUAUAGAAAAAGCCCUGUCAUAUAUAUAGGCAAAGCUUGUACUCAUUUUAAAAUUAAGCAGCCAAAUCAGACUUCACCUUCAGUCAGAACAUGUCUGACUUUAUUUUUAAUUAAUAAAUGGAAUAAUAUAUGUCUCAGGCAUAACCAUCUUAGUUCUCAGUUCUAAAAUAGAUAGAGAAGGUACAGAAUUUUUAACCAAAAUUCUCGGCUUUACUCUCUGUCCUCCCUAUUCCUUAGGAGUUUGUGGGGUUUCUUUGUCCCCUUGGUGCCUCUAGAGGUUUUUACAUUCUGAGGCAACACCCCAUAGUAAGAUUCUGGAUGGUGAGUCUUUGUUUUUUGAGAACAGGGAGUAUAGCAGUUGUGGAAAGAGAAGUAGUUAAAGAGAAAUGAUAGAUCUGAGGUGCAUUAAUUUUAGGACAAUAUAUAUGGAAAUCAAAGAUCUUUAAAUUGAUUUCCUUGUAGCUGUCCAUAUCUGCUUACCCCAUGGAAAAAUCUUGGUGUGUCCCCAGAGGUAUGAAUAUGUUAUUUUGAAGAUCAAGGUCCUAGAAUAGUCCAACUUGAGUGGAAGGAUCACCUGGGUUGGUUGGUAACAGCACCUAACCCCCACAGAGAUUUUGGUCCUUGACGCCUGGGAGUUUGCAUUUGAACUAGCGUCCCUAGAACUAGGGGAGCACCGAUGUGAGUGGUCUGCUGGCCACAUUUUGCGAUCCCUGCCCCUAGAAGGGUUUCUCCCCGUUUUUCUGAAUACCAAGCAGAAAGUGGGCAGCACCAAGAUAGUUUUAUUUAGCAUAAUAUUUAGUUUCUAGAGAGGAAUUUUCAUUAAAAUUCCAGACUUUUAAAAUUAGAAUGUACUCCUACUGAAACUUUCUUAUUUUGCACUUGAAGCUAAAGAGGAUUAAAUGACUUUGCAGAAAGUCACAGCUAUUGAUAGAGCUCUUACUAGAAUCCAAGUCUCUUGACUAGUAAAUCUUUAAACCUUCCUUCUUCUUUUCUAUUAAAUAUUUUUUAAGUAGUGGUGCUUGUUGAAUUUGGGGCAACUGAUAACCUUAAAAUAUAGGUCAUCUACUAAAUGGUGUUGGAGAAUAUGGCUUGUGGCCAAAAUAGGUCUUUAGAGAGAACAGUGACUUUUAAUACUUUAUCUGUCCCCAAAGAGAAAAGGCCCAGUAAAAGUCAGACUUUGUUAUCUAAUCAGAUAAGUUACUCCUCCCACUGGGAGACAGGUGAAGGUGGCAGGGGGACCUGAACCAUUUUCUCCAAUAUUGCUCUUUCUUUCCUGGGGAAUGAAGCUGCAUUCUGGCUCUCUAGGCCUUAGGGACAAAGGCUUUUCCCCCAACAAGCCGAACCAACCCUCUGAGUUAAAUAUUUUGUUAGCCACGCUGGAUGCUCUAAAACUUUAGAAAGUUAAAUUAACUGCCUCCCUGUUUUCCCCCAGUAAUGCCCUCUUCAUAAUAGUUUGAUUGAUAGCCCCCAUUUUCUUUUUGCCUGUCAGGUGCUUUUGCAGAUGAUAAAGGGGGUGGGGGGAGGCCUGGGGGCCUGCGCUUGCCAUCGUGUGAUCCCCUUUAUAUAGAGUUGCAGUUUUUAUAAAACUUAGAAGAAUUUUUAGAAUUUAUUUAUGUUUGUAGAUAUUUGAUGCUAAUUUCGGUACAUCCCUGUCCAGCAGAGUCCUCUUAGGUGACUCUCCUGUCCUCCUCCUGUCUGCUGACCUGGAUUUUUUCUUGCUCGCAUCAGCACUGCUAAGCACUUUGCUUAGAAGACCCUAAGCUGUGUGUGUGAGCUGAACCUCAUCUUUACCUACAGGAAACUUUAAACCAUCCUUUUUGAUCUGUUUUUGAUUUUGUUCUUUUUUCCUUGCCACUGCCACGUGCACAUAUUUUUAACUCACUGCCACGAAAGCGAGUCAUGAUUCAUGUGUGAAGUCCUCAGAAUUUACUACUGUAAGAUAAAGAAGGAACAGACUCUUGACUUCCAACACUACCAUUCAUUUUAUUUUUUUUUAAUUAUUGUUUACUUGUGUUAUUUGGGGACCACAACGUGAAAUAAUACAAUUUUUAAAUUUUACCAGCUAUUAAAUCACUGAUACUCAGUGUCGUUUCAUUUUAUGGUACUUUUUCACUUUUUAAAAUCUAAUUUACAUUUUGAAGAUGCCGCACUCAUUGGCAACCUAUAGCUAGGUAGAUAGCUUGCGUAGUUGCUGCCUAGUCGACUCCGGCUCACGGCAACCCUGUGUACAGCAGGAUGAAACAUUGUCUGGUCCUCUGUCACUCUCACAAUUGCCAGCAUGUCCGAGUCCUUUGUGGCUGCUGUUGUGCCAGUCCAUCUCAACGUGGGUCUCCCUUACCCUUCGUGGCCCUCCCCUUCACCAAACGAUAUUCUCGAGUGAUCCCUCCUGAUGUGUCCCGUGGAAGUGAGUCAGUGUUCUGUUUUGAUCCAUAGGUUUUCAUUUGUGCUAAGUUUCAGAAGUAGCUCACCAGGCCUUUCUUCCUAGUCUGUCUCUGCUAUUCAUCUUUUAGCUGUAGGUAGGGUGACCAUAUGCUCUGGUCACUUUCCUGUUUUUUAGCAUUCCACCCAGUGUGUCUCCUUUCACUCUGAAAAGUCUUUAUUUGGACGUUAAAUUAUGUCGUCACCUUAGUGUAAGCAAGCUGUGCUUGAGUUUACAUUUUGAUUGUGAGGAAGUGUGCAUCCGAGGAGUUCAGCAUUUCCUGCUGCAUCAUGCCGUAGACUUUUUUUUUUAAAUUGUUGUGCUUUAAGUGAAAGUUUACAAUUCAGGUUAGUCUCUCAUACAAAGAUUUAUACACACAUUGUUAUGUGACCCUAGUUGCUC